AUGAAGAUAUUUAAUUGGAUGCAAAGCAAGCUUGAUGGGGCACAUGGGAGCAAGAAACCAGACUCAAAGUCCAUUCACAAAAACAAGGUGGUAGGACCUGGCAUUGAAGAAUUCAAUGACUGGCCUCAUGGAUUGCUGGCAAUUGGGACAUUCGGAAUUAAUAAUGUGAACGGAGAUCUACAAAGAAGUAAUUUCCGGGGAAAAACAGAAUCUUCCUCGGAAGAGCAUCUAGAAAGUCUUACAUCUGAGGAAGUACUAGGAGAACUUCAGGAGUUGAAUUCACUAAUUUUACUGCAUGAACAAAUCAAUGAACAAGCAGCUUCAGCUCCAGAAUUAGAACAAAAGGACACAAAAAAUAAUCUUGUUCCACUGGAAGAGUUUGCCAAUAUACAAUCAAGCUUGGAAGCUCAUGAGGCAACAACAAACAAUGACAAUUCUGACAAGUCUACCGGUAGAAAUGGUGGUCACAAACAUAGCAACAUUGUAGUACCUAGUAAAGGGAAAAACAUUUGCUUGGACAACACAAAGAAUUCAAUUGGGAAAAAGUCACUGUCUUUUCUUCUGAAGAAGAUGUUUGUUUGUGGGAGUGGGUUUCCCCCUACUUCUAGCUUAAGGGAUCCAAUACCAGAAUCAAGAAUGGAGAAGAUACUGAGGGCAAUAUUGAAGAAAAAGGUAUACCCACAAAGUACAAGCCCAUCAUUGGCUACAAAGAAGUAUUUGGACAACAGAAAUAUACCCAAGUCCACCAAUGAGGAUGAAAUCUUUGAGAAGACAGACGAUGGAAGUAAAUGGGUCAAGACAGAUUCUGAAUAUAUAGUUCUGGAGAUAUAAUUGAUCAAUCGGUUCCCCUUCUGCCACUUCUGAAGAUUAACACAAGGUACUUGGAGUCAAUCAGUAGAGGAUUAUGGAGCUACUUAUAGGAGGUGUCAUACCUUUUAGAAACAAUGCCACGGAAGUGAUACGACAUGAAACAAUUAAAGGUGUGUUUCUUGCUUCAAAAUGACAAUGUUUCAUGUAGCACAGAAAUUACAGCCUCCGAGGGAACCAGCAGUUUGUUAGUAGUAUAUUGGAAGAAAACAAACAACCAUACUGAUACCAUGUUCCUAUCUAUGUACGGACACUGAAUCUAUUUUUGUACGGGGAAUUCAUGAAAUUUGCCAAAGGGUUGGAACAAUUAAUGUUGCUAAAUAUUUAAUAAUCCAAUAUUAUUGUUUCUUUGGUUACUGCAUA